AUGACAGUCAACAUACAAUAUGAAGUGUCUUACUUGACACAAGCUUCUAGAGAACAUGAAGAGGCUGCAUUAGCUAAUGCGCGUGUAGACGAAGCGAAUGCGAAUGCAAGAGAAGCUAUGGCUGAGACAGCAGAAUUGAAAAGGAAAUUUGAAGAAUUUCAGAAACAACUGUUUGCUUGGCAGUCAGGUCAGGCGGGUACUUUCACUAUUCCUUCUAGUGUCCAUCCUAGUGCCUAUGAUCAUUAUGAUGAUGACUCUGAUGGUCAGUCAUUGGAUCUAGAGGGAAUGAAUGAUGGAUGUUGA